AGCGGGGGGCGGCGCCGCCCGCCUGGGCCCCGGAGGCGGCUCCAGGAAGCGCCCGCCCCGGCCCCGGCCGCCAUGUAACCGGCGCCGCCCGUCGCCGAGCGCGGGGCCCACGACCCGCCAUGGGGGACGAGGACGAGGACGAGAGCUGCACGGUGGAGCUGCGAAUCACCGAGGCCAACCUGACCGGGCACGAGGAGAAGGUGAGCGUGGAGAACUUCGAGCUGCUCAAGGUGCUGGGCACAGGAGCCUACGGCAAGGUGUUCCUGGUGCGCAAGGCGGGCGGGCACGACGCGGGGAAGCUGUACGCUAUGAAGGUGCUGCGCAAGGCGGCGCUGGUGCAGCGGGCCAAGACGCGGGAGCACACGCGCACCGAGCGCUCGGUGCUGGAGCUGGUGCGCCAGGCGCCCUUCCUCGUCACCCUGCACUACGCCUUCCAGACGGACGCCAAGCUGCACCUCAUCCUGGACUACGUGAACGGCGGCGAGAUGUUCACCCACCUGUACCAGCGCCAGCACUUCAAGGAGGCCGAGGUGCGCGUGUACGGCGGCGAGGUGGUGCUGGCCUUGGAGCACCUGCACAAGCUGGGCAUCAUCUACCGGGACCUGAAGCUGGAAAACGUGCUGCUGGACGCCGAGGGCCACGUGGUGCUCACGGACUUCGGGCUCAGCAAGGAGUUCCUCACGGAGGAGAAAGACCGGACCUUCUCCUUCUGCGGCACCAUCGAGUACAUGGCCCCAGAGAUCAUCCGCAGCAAGUCGGGGCACGGCAAGGCGGUGGACUGGUGGAGCCUGGGCAUCCUCCUCUUUGAACUGCUGACCGGGGCUUCCCCCUUCACGCUGGAGGGCGAGAGGAACACGCAGGCCGAGGUGUCCCGACGGAUCCUGAAGUGCUCCCCUCCCUUCCCCCCUCGGAUCGGGCCCGUGGCGCAGGACCUGCUGCAGAGGCUGCUGUGCAAGGACCCCCGGAAGCGGCUGGGCGCGGGGCCCCAGGGGGCGCAGGAAGUGAAGAGCCACCCCUUUUUUCAGGGUCUGGAUUGGGCCGCCCUGGCUGCCAGGAAGAUCCCUGCCCCUUUUCGACCCCAGAUCCGCUCGGAGCUGGAUGUGGGCAACUUUGCAGAAGAGUUUACUUGCCUGGAGCCUGUGUACUCGCCCGCAGGCAGCCCCCCAUCUGGGGACCCGCGUGUCUUCCAGGGAUACUCCUUCGUGGCGCCCUCCAUCCUGUUUGACCACAACAAUGCUGUGAUGACCGACGUGUUGGGGGCCCCAGGCACUGGAGACCGGCCAGGCCGGGCAGCGGUGGCGAGGAGCGCCAUGAUGCAGGACUCGCCCUUCUUCCAGCAGUACGAGCUGGACCUGCGGGAGCCCGCCCUGGGCCAGGGCAGCUUCUCGGUGUGUAGGCGCUGCCGCCUGCGCCAGAGCGGCCAGGAGUUCGCGGUCAAGAUCCUCAGCCGCAGGCUAGAGGCGAACACGCAGCGCGAGGUGGCCGCCCUGCGGCUGUGCCAGUCGCACCCCAACGUGGUGAAGCUGCACGAAGUGCAUCACGACCAGCUGCACACUUACCUGGUCCUGGAGCUGCUGCAGGGCGGGGAGCUGCUGGAGCACAUCCGCAAGAAGCGGCACUUCAGCGAGUCAGAAGCGAGCCAGAUCCUACGCAGCCUCGUGUCGGCCGUGAGCUUCAUGCACGAAGAGGCGGGCGUGGUGCACAGGGACCUCAAGCCCGAGAAUAUCCUGUACGCGGAUGACACGCCCGGAGCCCCGGUGAAAAUUAUCGACUUCGGGUUCGCGCGGCUGCGCCCGCAGAGCCCUGCGGAGCCAAUGCAGACGCCCUGCUUCACGCUGCAGUACGCGGCCCCGGAGCUGCUGGCGCAGCAGGGCUAUGACGAGUCCUGCGACCUGUGGAGCCUGGGAGUCAUUCUGUACAUGAUGCUGUCAGGGCAGGUCCCCUUCCAGGGGGCCUCAGGCCAAGGAGGGCAGAGCCAGGCGGCCGAGAUCAUGUGCAAGAUCCGCGAGGGGCGCUUCUCCCUGGACGGGGAGGCCUGGCAGGGCGUGUCCGAGGAAGCCAAGGAGCUGGUCCGAGGACUCCUGACCGUGGACCCCGCCAAGCGGCUGAAGCUGGAAGGGCUGCGGGGCAGCUCGUGGCUGCAGGACGGCAGUGCUCGCUCUUCGCCGCCCCUGCGGACGCCCGAUGUGCUGGAGUCGUCCGGGCCGGCAGUGCGCUCUGGGCUUAAUGUCACCUUCAUGGCGUUUAACCGCGGCAAGCGCGAGGGCUUCUUCCUGAAGAGCGUGGAGAACGCGCCGCUGGCUAAGCGGCGGAAGCUCAAGCUGCGGAGCGCCGCCACCUCCCGCCGCCUGUCCCCCGCACCCACCGCCCCGGCCCGGGCGCCCACCGCCAAGGCAGCCCCCCGCCGCGCCAACGGGCCCCUGCCGCCCUCCUAGCCCGCGCGGAGGGGCUGGGACCCCGCCUGGGACCCCCUUCCUCCCCGCCCCGCCCCGCCCUGCCCCCAGACAGAAGUAUUUUUAUAAGCAGAGAAUUUUUUAAUGUCUUACUGGAUAGAAUUAGCGGUGGAGGGAGGACGGGGCUAUGGCCAGACACCAUCAGGAAGUCACUUCUGGGCUGCUCCAGCAGGAAGGGCCCUUUCCCCUCCCACUUCUGAGCACUGAACCCUCGCUACCGGGAGAAAUGGGGACCUCUCCUCUGCGCUCCCCCGGGGCACCGAUCUGCGGAGGGGGCCACCCCUGAGCUGUCACUUUAUGGAUCGUCUGUGCAAUUUCGUCCACCAAAGACCUGUGUCGAGGGGGGUUCUGGGAGAGACCCUGAGGACCCCCCUGAAGCAUUCCUUGUUCUCUUUGUCGCCUCCUUCUCCCCUUUGGGGGCUACGGAAGGAGGUGGGCCCUCCCCUACAAGGAGCGAGAACCCCCCUCGAACCCGCCCCCUGCGCUUUGGGCUUUGGCACGGUCACCCCUGGCUGGGUAUGUAGGGGGAAGCCUUGGAGGUCUGGGCUGGGCAUCCGCGGCCACUGCCUCCACCCAUCCAGGCUGUGCCUUUGACUUUAAAAUAAAAGUCCACCCAGUGCUG